GGAACGUCUACAAGACUAGCCUCCCCAUCGUGGGUUUUGAGAGAAUCGAACGAUCAACCACGGGUUCUAUGCCAGCUGCGCGGAGGUCUCCCUGCCGUGCGGACGUUUUAGAGCGUGUCAUUUUUAAAUCACCUUGAAGCAUACUUAAGUUUCAUCGAUGGAGUUCUUGAUUGGUGGACUCUCUUCCUGCGGAGCGGUUAUUGUGACGAACCCGCUCGAAGUGGCGAAAACUCGGAUACAGCUGCAAGGAGAACUCCAAGCCCGCGGCUGCUAUCCCGUGCACUACCGGAAUGUUUUCCACGCUAUAUUAACUAUCGGAACGAAGGAUGGUGUGCGUGCCAUUCAGAGCGGUCUCGCUCCCGCCAUGUGCUAUCAGUUUUGUCAGAAUGGUUUUCGGCUCGGGGCCUUCCAGCUCAUGGAGGACUCGGACCUGACGAGAAACGAGGACGGCUCGGUGAGCUUCUCGCGGAGUGUUCUGGCCGGAGCCGCCGCCGGAAGCGUGGGUGCUUUCCUAGCGAGUCCACUCUACAUGAUUAAAACUCAGCUGCAAUCUUCGACCCGGGUUCAAGCAAUCGCCGUCGGCUUCCAGCAUCGACACGUGACCAUGUUUGACGCUUUAGCGACGGCAUGGACCAACGGCGGCGUCCGAGGGCUUUGGCGAGGCGCCAGUGCUGCCACUCUGAGAGUCAGCGCCGGGAGCUCGGUUCAGCUCGGCACCUUCAGCAAGGCUCGCAGUUUGCUCCAAGAACGAUUUCCGCUACUACAGGAGUACCCGAUGCUAGCGACUUUCUUCGCUUCGCUUGCAAGUGGCAGCGUGCACUGCCUUUUCAUGACGCCUUUCGACGUUGUCUGCACCCGACUCUAUAACCAAGGAGUCGAUCAGAGUACGAAAAAAGGAUUGUACUACGAUGGAGUCCUGGAUUGUUUCAGAAAAACUUUCCGCUCGGAAGGGGUGCUCGGCUUCUACAAAGGUGUGACCGCAGUCAUCUCUCGUUGCGGACCGCACACUGUCAUAACGUUGAUGCUCUGGCAAACAUUGAAAGCCCUCAAUGAGAAACGGUUGUGCGACCGAGUCCCCCCUUCGACAUCGGGCGCCGAGAUCAUCUCCCUGUCCGGGCAAUCCGCGAAAUUGAAUGCGUGACAAGAGCAUCAGCGACAAUGAUGUCGGAGCGAAUGUCUACUUUGACGACACGCACAGGGUCCUAGAUAGCCACAAGCCAAGUCGAACGCGCUCUCAAGGGGGCCUGAUACCGAGAUGCCCUUCGAGGGAAUCCCCUGGCUUGCUCCUGACACAGCUCCGGUGUUUGGGUCGGACCGUGUUCAGGAGCGAGACAGUCUCCCCCGUGAGACAAGGGCUUUCGUUUCACGAAGGGUCCUGGCACAAUGGAGCAGUUCCGGUGCUCAUUAGGAACAUCGAUUGGUAGGGUACCAGCUCUAUUAGAUAUCGUGAAAUCUUAAUGUCAAUCAUGAAUGGAGAAUGUUCCUCGACGUCUCAGAUUUGAAUCGAUUCCGCCCAGCUUCGAGCGGUUCUCUCCCGCUAGAAUUCAAGUUCUCGAGCCGUAGUCGACGGUAUAUGCGGUGUCUUACGCAGAACGCUUACCCUCACGAGUACUACGAAGCGUAUAAGCGGGUCGACUCCUUCGCUGAGGACUCAUACUUUACGUCGCCGUUAGGCACUCAGGCCCCCUCUCUGACAGGGAACACUGACGAUAAUCUCAAUGCGUCGGUCGCGAUGUGAUUCGAGAUCAUGAAUCAUGAUGCUCUAGGGACGAAUGCACAAAAAAAAAAAUGCACAUGUCAGCAAUGAGUACAAGUGUAGAUUUAAAACUAUCGUGCAGCUGUGAUCUGCUCAAAAUAGCACCAUGUAUAA